UAUAUAAAGGUACAGAUAUAGAUACACAUAUGUAGUUCCCUUUGGGAAAUAUUUUCACUAAGAAAUAUAUUUAUUGUAAAGUAAAUAUCAGGCAAGAAUAUUUUUUGGAGGAGAACGGUAGGAAUGUAUUCAAAUCCUGCUAGCUUUAUUUGAGUGGGAAUGUUAAUUUUGAAAUAACUUCACUGCUUUAAUUUUUAUAUUAUUAUUUCUGUCAGCCUUUGAAGGUAUUUGUACAUAUAAUUUAAGGCACAGAAGAAAGUGUACCUGCUUAACAAUAAUUAGUAAAACUGUUUUGAAAAAAAAAUUUUGUUCUCCGUUUUGUGAACUUACAAUUAUGCUUUGAAAAGAAAUUAUACUUGGGAGAAAAGUACUUGAGUAUAUAUGAUGAUAUGUUAUAUAGUCUGGUGAUAAUAAGCAGCUUUGCCUAAUAUAUUUAUGAAACACAAUAUCCCUAAUUUAGGAAGGCUUUAUAUUUGUUUACAUGGUCACAUGUAUUGGCUAGCAAAGAAUCAUUUUUUUCUGAUUUAGUGGAAAAUAUCAGUGAUUUAUGUGGCUUAGAAAAUAAGGGGGCUUUAGAGCCCUGUCCUCUGUACUUCUCUUUCAUUAAGAAAGAAAGGAAAGAAGCAAGGAAGGAGGGAGGAAAGAAGAAGCUAAUUUAUGGCUUUAUGUUUAAUACUUCCCUCAAGGACUGUUUACUAACAGUUAUAUUGUAUUUUGUCACAACUUUAUGAAUGUGUUUUUUAAAUUAAUGUCUCUUUUCAAAAUAUAUUUCCAUUAAAAGCUGUAUCCUUCAAAUAUCUGUACUGUUUUGUAUUAUAGCAGUGAAAUUACUAUCAAUGACAAUUUAUGAAAUGUGUAGAACAUUUUUGUAAAGGAUUAAUCAAUUAAAGGAGAAUUUGCAGCUUGAGCCCCAAACUUUAUUAAAUAGAUUCUCUUCCUUAUGUGACCUGCAGCAUUUUUCUUUCACCAUGAUUUAAUAAAGUUGAGAUAGAUCAGUGAUGCUGUAUUAGUUAGUUGGACUUUAAAAAAAAAUUGGGGGGGUUCUCUGUUAUGUUCUGUGUAGAAACUGAACUAGAUCAUGAACAACAUAGUUCUGUUAAAUAGCACAUUGCACGUUAACUGCUUACGAGAUUGGGAGGGUCAAGUCAAUGUGGGGCCUGUGCUAGCUGGGAUUGUCUAUAAAGAAUAAAGAUCAUGGCUUCUGCGUGUGGUCAGGGUGUGACCACCAUUCAUCACCUCAACAACAGACACCAGAUUCGUUCACUGCUUGGUUUCCAAGGUCUAAUAAUCCCUCAAGAAUGUAGAAUGUUGUUGACUGUCCCCAUUUACAUCACUGAAGAAAGAAGCUUUGCAACAGGUGCAGCUGCAUACUAAUUGUAGGGUGUGCUUAAUCUGUCCAGAAGGGAGAGUGACUCCAAAUUUGGUAUCUUAAAGAGUAGAGUGACCUUUUAAAGUCCCAGGAUGAGAAUUGCCAACAAUUGCAACAGGCUAAUUAUACCCACAAGGAGUUGUGAAGUGCUUUUAAGUUUUCCUAUACACCUAGAAGUUCAGUGAACGGCUUGAAGUCAUUAACAUAUGACAGAUGCACUCCCUUUUCAAGGGCUCCUGUGAUAAGUUUUGAUUGUAGAAGUGGGAAUUUGACCCUAGCUUAUCACUUGCUUCAUUAGCUUGCUUGAGGACAAGGACUUUUUUUUUUUUUUUUUUUGACAUGAGUGUUAUCUUACCCAUGUUCCAGAAUUCCAUCCGCCUCCUCUCUGCUGAUAGGAAGUCACAGUGAUAACCUUGAUGCUUCCGAGGCAUAUUGCACAUUGUGCAGUGUUACAUAUAUUUUACAUAUAAAUAUAUAGAAUACUAAUGUUUUACCUAUCAUGUAUUCUCUAUAAUAUAAUUGCAUCUUAUUUGAGCAUGGGUAUUUCAAAGUCUUUGAUUACAUUAUUUUAGAGAUACUGGUGUUAUGUCAUUUCUGGGUUUUUUUAUGGAAAAUAUACCAAUGCACUUUUUGGCUUCUAAAGAAGACAGAAAGUCUGACUUCUACAUUUCUGUGAAGUUGACUUUUUUGAGGUUGGUGAGAAUAGGGAAGAGAAGUUUGGAUUUUAUCCAGGGGACUCGAUACGCCUAUGGAGGAAAGCAUAGCGUGCUUCCCAAAGAAUGAGCAGAUGAUAGAGGUACCCACUCCCCCAUGAGGAGGUGUGGAAAUACGGCAUGGGAGGGGCUCAUGCAGUAAACCCUGUGACUGCAGCACUUAGAUGAAAUUGCUUUUUAUUAUCUGGUUGGAAAAUCAUCUAAAAAUAAGCCAUACAGGAUUAAGGUUAAAAAACUUCUAAGUGAAACCAGUCUUGGUUAAUCUAAUUCCCUCUCAUAGUAUCUCUGUAUUUACCUGCUUAGAAUGCCUAUUUUAAUUCCUUAAUAGAUUAUAUACCUACACUUUAUUUUAAAACAUUUUCUGUUAAGAUCUCUGUUUAUAGAAGUCACUAUUUCCUUAACCUCUGAGGGUUAUUUGUAGAUUUUAUAUUCCCAACAGGCAUAAUCAUAUUUAGCUAUGUUCCUGUCAAUUACCUGCAAGCUCUUUUUGUAUAAUUAGGGGAUGGUUAAUUUACUCUAAGUAAGGUUGCCACCUGUCUAAGGAUUAACCCAAACAGGUUGGAAGUCACAGAGAGACUUGGAGUUUGAGUUUAAAGCAAUAGGAGUUGAUUUCUUAACUCUCUCCUGCCAUUUUGGUAGCAUUUUCUGGGUUAAUCAGUGGUAAAUUGUGACAACAGGUGUUUUCUUGGUCCCUGUAUUCAAUAGGUUGAUAAACUACGUUGUUAAAAUUAUAGGCAUCUGCAAAUCUGUGAACAGGAGGUGUAAUAGUGGUUGGUACCCAUUGAAAAAGCACUGGAAGGAUCUUCGACACAUUUCCAUCGCUUCUGUUACCUGAUCAGAUUGUCGAUGGGUGGGAAGUGGCAUCUCCAAAUGAGGAUAGUUUGAGGACAAGGAUUGUGUUCAAUGGAAAUAUUAUCAUCUUAUUUGGUGUUUCAGGGAAAUGAAACAUGAAGAACAUUAAUCAUGUAGUUCAUAGAAGAAUUUGAGGACAUAGUUUUACGGUAUUUAAAAUAAGUUGUGAAAAAAAAUCAAUAGUUUUUAAAGAACAUGCUUUGCUUACAAGGUUUCUGUAGGAUAUGUAAAAUCAGACGCUUUCCUUCAUGUGACCUAAUAUGUAUCUGACUACAUUCCAUCCAGGGCCUGCCUAGUCCUUCUAGGAGAUCGGAGCCCAUGAUUAUGACCAACUUCUUUGAGAUGGAUCUAGAUUUCUUUUCUCUUUUUUCUUCCUUUCUUUCUAAUUUGAAAUUAAAUCAUUACAUAUUGUAUAAAUAUUAAUUUCUUAAUUGGAAUUUUUCUCAUUGAGAUAUAAUUCACCUUCCAUAGCACCCUUUUAAAGUAUAUGAAUCAGUCUUUAAAAAUCACUAAUGUUAGCAUAUUCAUGAGGUUUACCUUAAUUCCUAAACAUUUCAUCAACCCAAAAAGAAACCAAAUACCCAUUAGCAGUCUCUCUGCAUUCACAUUCCUGCUCCCACCAGCCCUGUGCAAACCACUAAUCUGUAAUCUCUCUAGAUGGAUUUUCCUAUCUGAAGAUUUUAUUUAAGUUGUGUCAUACAAUAUGACUGACUUCUUUGACUUAACAUGAUGUUUUUAAGGUUCGUUUGUGUUGUGGAAUUUUUUUAUUGUUGAAUAACACAUUGUAUGACUAUACCACAUUUUAUUUAUCUGUUCCUCAUGAGCUUGUAGAUAUUUGAUAGUUUCCACUUUUUGGCUCUUAUGAAUGCUUCUAUGAACAUUUGUGUGAAAGUUUUGUGUCAACAUAUGCUUUUAUUUCUACUUGGUAGAUACCUAGGCACAGAAUAUCUGAGUAAGAUGGCCUAACAUUUUGAGAAUCUGUCAAACUGUUUUCCAAGAUGCUGCAUCUAUAUUCCUAUCAGCAAUGUGUGAGCUUCCAAUUUCUUAGCGUCCUUGCCAACACUUGUGUAUCUUCUUUGGAGACAUGUCUUACAUUCCUUACUCAUUUAUGUUGUCUUUUUAUUAUUAUUGAGUCGUAAGUGUACUUUACAUAUUUUGGAUACACAUCCCUUACCAGAGAUAUGACUUGCAAGUAUUUUGUCCUGGUCUAUUGGUUUUCUUUUUACUUUCUUGAUGGUGUCCUUGAGUUACUCUUUUAAAAGGAUCUUAACUUCAAGCAGGAAGAAAGUAGAAAGUCAACAUAGAAAUAUCUGUAACUUUCCUAUAAGGACGAUUCAUGCUUUGUCAUGAAGUUCUUUUCGUUUGAUACGCAUACUGUUUUGGUGAAGUUGUUUUCCUUCAGAUAACAUAUUAAAUAGAAAAAAAUUGUCAAUCUCUGGUCAGACAUUUUAAUAUUUUCCUUUUAAAAUUAUGAACAUAUAUAUAUGUGAUCACAUCGUCUAAAUUAGGUGAGAAUCAUAUCAGCUAUAUAAAUAAAAUGCUAAAAGUAAAAAAAUUGUGCAAAUCAAUGCACCUGUGAACUUUUCAAUAACUACAUAGUUGUAAAGAAUCAGGGCCCUAGCUACUUGAAAUGAAAAAAAAAAAAAACAACUUGAAGUGAGUUCCAUAGUUUUUACAAUGUAAUUAAUCAGGUAUGAUUUAUGAAAUGUGUUCUUUUAGGAGAGCAUUGGGAAAAGUCUGUUGCCUCUCCUGGUCCACAAGAGCCAGGACUCCACAUCCAUACCUGACAGGAGGUCUGGCUUCCAAAACCACGUUUGCAGCCAUCUUGACGGCAUAGCCCUGGGCAAGUCACUUACUCUCCUGGAGCUCCACUUUGUCCGCAUGGGUAGCAAGCAUCCCUGCCUUUCUUCACACAGGGAUCCUGUGAAGAUAAAUGUGGGCCGUGUAAAAGCUUUUAAAAGAAGUGUAGUGCCAAGGUGAUGUCCUGCCAAUCUGGAGGCUGGUGUGUUUGUAAAGCUGUGAAAGGAAACUUUUGACAGUCUCUGGGAAAGAAAUUGCACGAGAGGUUACCCCUUGUACAGCUCUGUCUGAGACCGCACCAGCUCUCUGUCCGUUCAGAGUUGGGUGUGCACUCAAGAGCCCCUCUGGCUGACUAGCCUCUCGGGGCUCUGAAAGAGUGAACGUGUUGCUAAAGGCGUUUAUAAGCAACAUUUACGCAACAGUUCACAAACCAUAAUAUGGGAAAUUUUCAGCCAGUAAGAAGGUAUUUGCAUUAAAAACAAAACAGAUGACAACGGCAUCAAAGCGCAGGGAUAAUUGCGUGUUGAAGUGAUAUUUGACUAAAGCAAGGGGGCAUGUAGAAAGCCAUGUGGAAUUGCGGUGUUGUGGAGAAGCAGCUAAUUGCUUGCCCCUCUUGUCACUUUGCUUCUUUUAAGUGACUUAAGCAAGGUAGACUCUUAAAUUGUGCCUUUAUAAAUCUUUUCAUUUGUGUAAUGCGAAAAUUAUAAAUGUGUGAUUACCAGUCUCUGUAUCCAGCCUCAGUUGUAUGGUAUAUUGUCUCCUUUGGACAGUUAAUGAGAUGCUGGCUUUUGUGCCAUUUAUCCUGGGAAAUAAAUGAAUAACUUUCUUUGAUGUCUCCUUUUGCCACACUUUCUUUGAUUUGGAUUGGCGCGUAUGUAACAGUGUGUGAGGGUAUGGGGGAGUGGGGACAUAUUUAUUUUGACUGUGUGUGUGGAUAAUAAGAACAUACGAAGUCUGGUUUUCAGCUGAUUCUGCUUUGCAUAUACGGGGGGUACCUGCUGUCUUCCAAGGCCACCCGCUCAAGAAAAUUAUGUCUCUAGAAUUGGUGACCUGUUUUUAAGAGAACUUAUAAAAUGUUUCUAAGUGAAAAAUCAUUCCAGCAGGGUCUAAUAUUGGCAAUUUUCCUCUGUCUGCUUUUAGAACUUAUUGGCCAACCAGGUCAGACAUUAUUAAAGUUCAAGGGAUCCGGUGGGAAAAGUAAUGGUUUUGUGCUACUAUGAAUUUUAAAUGUUGCCAUUUUCCUGUGUUACAGCAUCAUCUGUUCUCACAUGGCACUAAAAAUGUAUAGAAGUUUUAAACCAAAUUCAGGGUCAAGGUUAGGAGAGUGAUGAUGCCUCUGACUCAUUCUCCUAGAAUUACGUUACCCAAAUUAUCUGCAUACCAUUUUGUACUAGGUUUUUUUUUUCCCCAAGUCAUUUGAAAGAAUUUACUGUGAGAAGAUUUUUUUUUUUUUUUUUUUGUCUCAUCACUUCUUGGAAAUUUAUACAGAUAUGGUUGGAGAAUGUGUACUCACUAUACUGAUAGGUAUUCACUGUACUGAAAUACUGGGGAGUGCUUCAUUUCUGAGAAUAACUGUGUUUUGUCCCUCACAAAAGCAAUGCCUUUUAAAUAUGAAACUCUUGGGGAGCGGCACUCCUGGGUGACUCAGUCGAUGAAGUGUCUGACUUCGGCUCAGGUCAUGAUUUCGCAUUUUGAGCCUCACAUCGGGCUCAGUGCCAGCACCUUGGAGCGUGGAGCCUGCUUCAAUUCUCUGUCUCCCUCUCACUCUGUGCCCCUCUCCAGCUUGCACAUGCACAUGGGACAUGGAGCCUGCUUACAAAAUAAUAAUAAAGUUCAAAAAAAAAAAAAAACCCUGAUUAAAAAAAAAUCCUUUAUUCCCAAAGAUAGUAUUAUACUAUUGUACGAUAAAAGGAUUGAACUGUAAACAGAGAAGCCUUUGCCUUUUGUCAAAUGAAUAGGAAGUCAUUUAAUUGGUGGUAUUUCCAACCCUAAAUUCUGUUGCUCACCAGUGGUGUUUGAGAAAGGAAAUUCAUUAUAAUAAUGAUUGGAGAGUGCUCUCAAAGGAAUAUCAUAUAUCAAGAGUUUAAAAUGGUUGGAUUUAUUAAACCAGAGUUAGGAGAAUCAAGGCACCUUUCGAGCAAGGAGUUAAUUUUUAGCCACAUGCAUUGUUGAUUAUUGUAACAGCUUUGUUUAUGACAUUAAUCAUAAUGUCUUAUAGAAUUGUAGACUUGUGGAGUUGAAGAAUGCUGUGCCCAUGGCAGAAAUUGUUGUUUGCUCCCAGUAUCUGUUCUUCACUUCUUUCAUGGUGACAGGGUCCUUGAUUUUAACCAGGCAUACACUCCCAGAACAGAGGCUCCCUCACAGCCCAUAUGACCAAGGGACCGAUAUCUGGCUAUUGUGAAGCAAGUGCCAAUGUCAGGAAUCUUCUUUAAAAGACAGCCCUAUCUCUCUUCUUCAAGCUGUUUCUCCAUCUUCCUGUCUGGAUGCCACCAUCUUAACCACAGGGGUAAGGGCUGCACCUUAGAGGUGGUAGAGUGUUGAGUCGGAAGCUAGCCUGGAUCCCAAGGAUUUCCUGGAGCAAAAUUGCAAUGCUGGAAGAGACAGAUUUCUGCCUGGUUUAAUCUAUAGUUGUGGGUUUCCUAUCCCUUGCAGCUGAACCUUACCCCAUCUGAUGUAAAGGUGGAGGUGCUAUGUUUUAUCAGAUCGGAAUCCUGCAGUAUAGGUGGGGUAUAGGUGGGUCAGGCCAAGUGGCUCACCAUGUUCGGAGCGCUCAAAGAACGGGACUUGCUGGCUGCAGUCAAUCGCAGGCCACUCUGCUGAGCAUCUUCUCCCAGGAGUACCAGAAACAUAUCAAAAGAACACAUGCCAAACAUCAUACUUCAGAGGCGAUCGAAAGUUAUUAUCAGAGGUACCUGAAUGGAGUGGGAAGAAAUGGAGCUGCCCCAGUGCUCCUGGAGCUGGCCAAUGAGGUGGACUAUGCACCCUCAUUAAUGGCUCGGAUUAUACUAGAGAGGUUUCUACAAGAGCACGAAGAAACUCCACCCUCCAAGUCUGUUAUAAAUAGUAUGCUACGGGACCCUUCUCAGAUUCCAGAUGGAGUUCUAGCAAAUCAGGUCUAUCAGUGCAUUGUGAACGACUGCUGUUAUGGACCACUGGUAGACUGCAUCAAACAUGCCAUUGGUCAUGAGCAUGAAGUCCUGCUGAGAGACUUGCUUCUGGAGAAAAGCCUGUCUUUCCUAGAUGAAGAUCAGCUCCGUGCCAAGGGUUAUGACAAAACACCAGACUUUAUUUUACAAGUUCCAGUUGCUGUAGAAGGGCACAUAAUUCACUGGAUUGAAAGCAAAGCCUCAUUUGGUGAUGAAUGUAGCCACCAUGCCUACCUGCAUGACCAGUUCUGGAGCUACUGGAAUAGUGAUUGGGCCCAAGGAGCAUAAAAUGGAUUCCUAGCAUGAAAUGAGAAGAAAAGUGAGGAUGCUGUCAUAGCCUUUGGGGCAGGCCUGAGGAUGCCUCAUAGGGUAUCUACCCCUAUUGCUGAUUUGGAUGUUCUUAUCCCUCAGUAACCUCCACCUCUACAUCUGAAAUCCCACUGUAGUGACGUUCUCAGUCCAUUCGCCCACAUUCCCCUAAGUCUCAGAACCUCUCUGUUGUUUUUUCCAAGAAAAAUCCCACCCUUGUAUCACUGACUUUACUCCCAGUCAGCACCUUGUGUCCUUUCCUUCUUUAUUUUAGACCCAAUGGUUCAGUAGUUCAAAUACUCCCCAGGCUCUAGCCUCAACUUCCUACCUGUUCUUUUCCUACAAACUCUCAGAUUUUGAAGAAUCCACUUACCUCAUUGCUCCACUGAAACGCCGGAGGCGCAUCUAGAGAAAAAUCACACAAUCAUGUGGAUGUUGGCGAGUUUCAGCAAGCUCUUCACCUGAUGCUGAUCAGCUUCUUCCCCACUCCCCUCAACUGUGAUUCUAAGCUUUACUCUCUCUCUUUAUGUUCUUUCCCCACCACCCUCUUUCUCUGACAGCCUCCUACAACUGGAGGAAAAUCCAGGCUAUCGAGCAGAACCAAUACCUCUAUUUAAUCCACACGUACACUUGCCUUUACUUCCUUUCUUUUUGCAAGUCUUAGUGAAGAGGGGACUUUUAACUUGUACAAAACCUAUCUUAUGCUCUGGACCCCAGCCUGUACUACAACUUUGCUUUAUGAAAUUAUAUCUACUUUUUUCUACAGAUGUAAUCUCUCAAUUAUUCUGUACAUCUUUUAUUGCUUUCCCUUCAGCCAUACAAAUAAGCUCCAUUCUCUCUUAUCUUUAAAAGUAAAAUAGCCUUUGAUCCUGCAUCUUCCCUUUAUCUAUUACCAUAUUGUUUUUAUUUUUCCUAUGAGUAGGAUUCUUCAUAUUAGUUUACACCCACUGCCUCCACUUUGUCACUUCCCUUUUGUUCCUUAAACCAUGUUAGUUUACCAUCUGCCUGUAUCAUUUCACUGAAACUCCCUUCUCCAAGGUCACCCAUGACCUCUUACCGUUAAAUUCAUUGGACAGGCCUUAUCUUACUUAACUCUACCCUCCCUUUUAUCUUGUUUUUCCUUCGAAAAAAAAUUCAUUAGACAUUGAAGAUACUAUAGUGAACCAAACAUAUCUGACCUUGUCCUUAUGGAAUGCAGAGUCCGAGAAACAGACAUUAAACAAAGAGCUACAGGAUUAAUCAUUAAGUGUAAAUGCGAUAUGCUACAAAGAAAAUUUAAAUGUUAUUACGAGAAUAGAGGAUCUGGCCUAAUCUGGAGGGGGAAAUGGUAAAAGCAGAACAAAAAACAUUUGUGAAAAUGGCACUCAAACUGAGAACUGAAGAAUGAGUAGCAGAUAGCCCAGUUAGGGGUGGGGGGUGGUGGACAGAAGAACCUUCUAAACUGAGAAAACAAAAUGCAAGAGCCCAAGGACGGGCAGGAGGCUAGACUGUCCGGGCACCAUAAAAAAGGGCAGUGUGAUUGGAUCAAAGAGAAUGAGGGGAUUCCAGGUGGGGCUGGAGACCAGAAGGAUAGGCAUGAAAUCGCUCAAAUGUUUAGAACAUGGUAAGAAAUUUGGACUUUAUCCUAAGAAUGAUAAGUUUUCAUUGAAGAAUUUUAAAUAGGAAUAUGGCGGGAUAAGACUUGACUCCAGAUCCCCUGACCAUCAAGUCCAAAUAAUGGCAGCUUGGACUAAAAUGGUGGCAAUGGAGAUACAGAGAAGCAUAUGGAUUAAAGAUGCGUUUAGGAGUUAAAAUUAUGAGACCCUGAAAUUUACUGGAUUGGGGGAUAGAAGUAAUAAAAAAAAAAAAAAAAGCAAUACGGGUAAACCUAAAUUUCUAGCACAAGCAACUGAGUGGACAAUGAUCCCUUUUACUAAAAUAAUGAACACAGGAGAAGGGGUGUAUCCUUGGAUGUGAAAAUUAGGAGUUUGAGGUGCCUCCAGACAUGUGGAGAUGUCCAUGGAUAGUUGGAUAUAUAGGUCUGAAGUUCAAGAGCAACUCUGGGCUGAAGAUAGAAAUGGCGAGUCAUCAGCAAAUGGAGGAGGCAUAACUGAAGCCAAAGGAGGAUGUGAGAUUGGCUGCAGAGAUCAGAAGAGGGAAGAAAAGCCUUGUGUCUUCCUAGUUACCCAUACCCUCUGCGCUAAGGCCCUGUGAACUACCAGUUCUCUGACCUAUUGUUUCACUCUUUUAUUUCUUUGCACAUACGAUUCCCUCUUGAUAUGCCUUUCUCACCUCUUCCUUUACUCUAAUUUCUUCUCCAAGACUCAAUUCCAGUGCCAACUCCUCUACAAAUCUUCCCAUUGGUUAGAUGCUGCGUCUAUCUGGUCUUAAAAUUCCCUAUACAUAUUUCUAACUUAACACGCAUCACACUGUAAUGUAAUGUUUGUCCCUCCAAUAGACAGUAAAUUUUUUUUUAAAUUUUUAAUGGUGGUUUGUUUGUGAGACAAAGUGAGGUAGAGUGAAAGCAGGGGAGGGGCAGAGAGAGAGGGAGACAUGGAAUUCGAAGCAGGCUUCAGGUUCCAAGCUGUCAGCAUAGAGCCCAAUGCGGGACUCAAACCCAUGAACUGUGAGAUCAUGACCUGAGCUGAAUGUGGAUGCUCAACUGACUGAGCCACCCAGGUGCCCCUAGACUGUAAAUUUCUUAAAGACAGAACUCUACAUAUUUCUCUGAGUCCUAGGGCCUAGCACAGGGCGAGAUAUCUAACAGGCUCAACACACACUUGGAAGAAAGAAAAAAGUUCUGUUAGGCAAAGUUUUCUAUGUGAACCAUGCAAUCUUUGAUUGUUACAGCCAGAAUGAACUCUGGAUAUUUUCUACUCCAGCAUAUUUUACUGGCGGGGUGGGGGAACUGAGGCCCAAUCACAUAUUAAUCAGUUACAGAAACAUAUUUAGCAUCUAUAUUUUUCUGGUUCCCAGACUAGUGGUCUUCCCGUUGUCUGAUAACCAAACAACCCAAGAAACUACUCAAUGAUGUGCAUGCAAAAUGUAUGCCAUGUAGGUCUUUUUUAAAGCUAGAAUACUAAAAACCACUAAAAGGUGGGAUUUGAAAAGAAUAUUGAAAUAUACUGAAGAAGACAUCUUUUUUAAAGGUAGAAUUCUUUUUAUCUUAAUUUUUUUAUUUACUAACUUUCAAAUUAUUUUUAUUUUUAUUUAAAUCCAAGUUAGUUAGCAUAGAGUGUAAUAAUGGUUUCAGGAGUAGAAUUAGUGAUUCAUCACUUACAUAUAACACCCAGUGUUCAUCCCAACAAGUGCUCUCCUUCAUGUCCAUCACCUAAGUGAGCCCAUCCCCCCACCCAUUUCCCCUCCGGCAACCCUCAGUUGGUUCUCUGUAUUUAACAGUCUCUUACGGUUUGCCUCCUCCUGUUUUUAUCUUUUUUCUUUCCCUUCCCUUGUGUUUGUUUCCUUAAAUUCCACAAAUGAGUGAAAUCAUAUGGUAUUGGUCUUUCUCUGACAUUUUGCUUAGCAUAACACAUUCUAGUUCUUAAAAGAUACAUAGACAGGUCCAAACAUAUAACUGAAAUGACCUUAAGAGAUCUAGAACAAAUUCAGAAUCUACACUACUAUUGAGUUUCUGCAUGAUUAAUAAAAGCAAAAGAUUUCUAAAUUGUAUGGAUUGUUCAUACACGGUCCUAUCUAGGCUGGGAGGGAGUAUAGGAGGUUGACUAGUUCAUUGAUAACACCAAUAAUAAUGUGGCAACUGAUAUUUGUUGAAUCCUCCCCAUGAACCAAGUACUAGAAUGAAUUUUUUCAUGCAUAAAUUCACGUGAUCAUCCUGUUAAAUUUAGCCCUGUGAAGAGUUUGAAAACGUUAGCUAUUGUCUUAAGGUCACAUAGUUAACUGGUGGCUGGGCCAGGGCUUAGACCCAGGCAGUAUGAUUAUAAAGGUAUGUUUGAGGGGGCGCCUGGGUGUCUCAGUCGGUUGGGCGGCCGACUUUGGCUCAGGUCGUGAUCUCUCGGUCCGUGAGUUCAAGCCCGGCGUCGGGCUCUGUGCUGACAGCUCGGAGCCUGGAUCCUGCUUCUGUUUCUGUGUCUCCCGCUCUCUCUGCCCCUCCCCCAUUCGCGCCCUUUCUCUGCCUUUCAGAAAUGAAUAAAUGUUAAAAAAAAAAAAAAAAAAAGAGGUAUGUUUGAAACCACUGGGCUCUCCCGCCUUUAAUUAAACUUGUAUAUCCUCCCCACUUAAGCGGCUCAAACUGACAGUGUAUUCUCUUUGCUGAUCUCUUUUGGAAAAAAAAAAAAAGUUAAAAGGGGAAGAGUUAUGCCACAGAGUCAUCCUUAAUUGAUAGAAAAGACAUGAAACGAACCAUUCUCUCUUUCCCAAUCACUUCUUUGGGUCUGAAAGAAAAAUAUUUAAGUGAAGAGAAGAUAAAUAUUUGUUCGUUCAUAAGCUAGGCUCCAUUACAUUUUCUUCUUUAUAGAAAAAAUACAUAACUGUGUAAUAUCUUCUAUUUGUCCACAUUUCUCCGUGUGUUUUGGUGUCCGUGCUAUCUCGGAUUAUAAACUGUAGAUGGCAGUGAUCAAGUUAAGGUUUGUGCAGCGUCUGGACAAUGUUAAGUAUAUUGCAUAAUACAUAAUAAACACUAUUUGUAAUUAUAAUAAGGGUGAGUUCUGGAGGAGGUAAACAAGGGUAUAAAAUUCAUCUUCCGUAUGGUUAUUAUUCCAUUUAUAUGAGGAGUCCACUAAAUUCACUGAACCAUAGCAGGCCACAUCUGUUUGAAAACCUACCAGUUUUUAUGAACAUUAAAUAAAAAUGGUUAGAUUUAAUGACAAUUUAUCAUAUUCAUGCAAAAGUAAUGAAAUGAAACUAGCGAAAAGGAGGCCACACUGAUAAGGAAAGGAGUUCUAAAUGCUAACAGGUUCAAUGUUUUGUUUUUUAUGCUUGCAAAAAUCAAAUAUCUGCUACUUAUGCUCCAGAACUUUGUAACUGGGGGGACAUUUUUGCCUCAGUGUUGUGCUCUUUCUUGCUUAAGUACUAACCUACUAGUAUAGAUUCAGAAAAUAUGCCUAACCUAUUUACCCACGAAGUUUCCUCACGAAAGCUAGGUUUUUGAACCUUAAGAGAAACUGCUUGGAUGAACAAUUUUACCACAAGGAGACACAAUGGACACAUUCCUUAAACAGAAUGAAGAUAAAGCUGGGGGGUUGGGUGAAGAGAGCAGCAGACAGGAAGUGAAAAAUAAGUUCUCCUCGCUGUAUUUUAUAGGUGAAGUAAAUUCUACUUGGAUUAGACCUUCUAAGUUACUAUGACAGAGGGUAAAGAGAGGUGGAAAGGAAACUUUGAGUGACAUUUUUGACAGCAAGCUACAGAAAUAACAAUUUGACAGAAGAGGCCAUCAUAAAUAUAAGAUCAUCUCAGGCAUGAAUAGGAUUUCCCUUAAUGUAAAAAAUAUGGAGCAGGUGUAGGAUUCAAUUUGGGGUGAAGAGAAAGAGCCAGGCGGGCAGAUUACCUAGAAGCAAGCUACGAGGGCUCAAGUCAAAGAACUCUCAUAUCAGUUUAAAUAUCCCUAGUGAACAUUUUUGGAGAUUUCGAGGUAUUGCUCUCAGUUACUCCUAUUUAUAUCUGUUUCUAGCUUGAGUGAGUGGGAUGACGUAUAACUAAUAAAUAGAGAAGGUUGGGAUUCCUAUUAAUCCAAAGUUUGUUUUUGUGCCAGUACUGAGAUCUAUUUAUCCUUCAGGUAGACGAUAGAUCUCAUUCUUCCCUAAUCAAUACAGACAUCACAGAUCAACAACAAAUCUUCAUACUGGCAAACAGACCAGUCAAUAUCUUAUUAUUAUUUAAUAAGAAUUUCAUUGUCAGUGCGCUGGAAAGAAAAAUAUUAGUAGAGAAGUCUGCAUGUAGCAUUAUAAACACUGCUCUAAUAUAAAGGACAGAAGAUGGAAAAGCACCAUGUCCUAAGAAAAAUUAGCCUCCAGUGAAGAGCUUUGGGAUCUUGUCGGGAGCUGCAGCUAACUCGUUUUCUGAGUUGGACUGGUUAGUUGCCAUCUUGAGACUUCCAGUUCUCUGUCAGAAGGGCAAAAGGGGUUGACCAAACUUCUCCCCAAAGCCCACCUUUCAGCUCUGAGAUCUAAGACAAGUAAAUAACUUACUCUGAAUCUUCAUUAGGUUAAGGAUUUAACAAUCAGCUGAAGCAGGAUGAGUAACCCAUAACGUGUUCCAGAAAAAUAGGAAAUGACAUGUUGAAGAGCAUUUAAAUGGAACAAAACAGAUUUGUGUGUGUGCCGCUAUUGAUACACAAAUGUUGAAUGUGUUUUCCUGUAUCUACUGAGUGUGAUUGAUAGGAGAUACAUGAAUUUCAAGGUCUGGGAAUUGAAGUAAAUUAUUGUCAGUGGUAUCGCUUCUUUAAAAAAAAAAAAAAAAAUUACACCCUUACAGAGAACAGACAAACUGACACAAGAUAUACAUAAAGCGUCAAAUUAGCACAAACAUCCACUUACAGUUGUGAAUACACGUGAAUACAUAUGUGUAUAUGUGCACGUGUACAUACAGAUAGAUGGGUACAUGUGAAUGUAUAUGUAGUUGGGAGAUUUUCAGAAAAUUGGAGGAACAUUUAAAAAAUUGUUGAUGAUUUUUAGCAUGCUUAGCACUUCUGUUUUGAAAACAACUUGUCUUCCUUUUCAAAAUGUAUGUGCCAAGCUGGCUCUGAUGUCAGAAUGAGCUAUCUUCACAGGAUUGGGUCAGCCCCCACUCAAGGAUUCUUUGACAGAAAAGAAACCAGUGGUGGGAUAGUAGUUGAGCCAUUAAGUCUCAGAUCUGUAGCAUCUUUUCCAAAACACUACCAAACUCUUGAAUGUCUAAUCAAGAGAAGGAAAGACGAGUUUGUCUUUUACUGAAUUUUUAUUUAAUGUUUUAUUUUACUUAUUUUGAGAAAGCAGGGGAGGGACAGAGGGAGAUGGAGAGAAAGAAUCCUAAGCAGGCUCCCGGUUGCCAGUGCUGAGCCUGACGUGGGGCCCAAACUCAGGAACUGGGAGAUCAUGAGCUGCGCCGAAAUCAAGAGUUGGACGCUUAACCAACUGAGCCACCCAGGCACUCCAUUUUUUACUGAAUUGUUAAAUCUUUAUCUUCACCCUCUCCCUUUAUUCCUCCACCUCUCAUUUCAAUUCCCCCCACUUUGAGACUAAAGCAUGAAUAAGUCUGGUGCAGAAAGAGGAAAACAAAGAGAAAACUUGGCUCAUCUCUCUUCCAUUGCUGUGUUCUUUCCCCUCUCAAUUCUGUUUGUAUCUAACUUAGAUUAUGUCUGUUUAAAUUCUCUUUAUACCCAGGAUAUUUUAGGUUUGCAGUAUCUUUGCACUGAAUUAAAAUAACUUGAAAUUUGAAGCCCAUAAUGUCACAAAUAUUUUACAGAUCAACUUGAUGUAGAACAUAAAUGAAUCUCAAGUGAGAAAAGCACAAAUGUAGAUUUCCUUCACAGAAGUUGUAAGCACCUGCUGUCACCUUACAGGAUUUUUAAAGUUUAUGAACGAGGCCACUAGAGGUAAGUUCAUGUUUAGCAAGAUCACAUCAAAAAAAAAAAAAAAAGAGAGAAAGAAAGAAAGAAAGAAAGACAAAAAGAAAGAAAGAAAGAAAAGAAAAAGAAAUUGAAUUGAUGGGAGCCCACCCUGGGUCUAAUUUAAAAGUUUCCAUUUAUGUCAUGUCAGAUUUGGGGAGACUGAGCCCUCACUGAAUGCAUUGGUCUGUCUCCCGGACUUGAUACCAGGGUUCAUGACUGCAGUUCCUGGCACAGUCAUAAAUAUUCAUACCUCGGCUAAUAAUUUGCAAGCCAAAUUCAUUUGGCUUUUUUCACCCCAUCAAUCUUAUAAUUAAUAAGGGUGGUGCUCUUGUUUCACUUUCCUCCAAAAGAAAAGAUAAAUGAAAUAAAGAGUCAUCCUGUACAUUUAAAUAGGAGUGCCUCUCACUGAUUAAAAGCUGAUGCUAUCAUAUAAUGGUCGAAGGAGAGGUUUCAGCUAUUUCUCUCCCUGGUGGUGGACUGGGGAGGGGGAGGGAGAUAAGAGCAAAGGAACCAUUUCCAGAUGUGGCGGCAUGAGCCUUGAUCUGAAGAGCUUGGUUAUCUAUUAAAUAAUGCAUAGGAAAACUUUGAGAUACUAUGUUGAAAGCGAGUUGUAGGGGAUAUAUUUACAAAUUGCACUCUUAUCUAGUGUUUGGAUAGACAGACAUUGUGUAUAGCAUGCCAACAUCCAGAGAAUUAGAUUCUCAACAGUCUGCAGGUUCUGUCUGCAGGUUAGAAAUUCAGAGAUAGUUUAGGAAGUUGUCAGAGGGGCUCCUGGGUGGCUCAGUCGGUGGCUCACUUCGGCUCAGGUCAUGAUCUCGUGGUUCAUGAGUUUGAUCCCCGCGUGGGGCUCUGUGCCGACAGCAUGGAAGGAGCCUGGAGCCCGUUUUGGAUUCUGGUCUCCCUCUCUCUCUGCCCCUCCCUCACUCAUUGUCUGUCUGUCCGUGCUUCUCUCUCUCUCUCUCUCUCUCUCAAAAAUAAACAGUAAAACAAUUUUUAAAGAAAGUUGUCAAAAUUUAGUGAUUAUUGUCUUUAAAGUGACUGCCUUCGAAUUGGAAUGGUAGCUGCAUUUCUAAAUCUAAUUGUAAAGACUUGGUCUCCACAGAAGCAUUAAAGGAGGCAUACGUGACAAAAUGACUUUACAAAUAAAUCAUGGUACAUAGGACACGGUGUAAAUUGUCUGCUCCCGUUGGAUUUUCUAAGGUCAUUUAUAGCAGAGCAGAUAAUCAAACUGAACAUAAUUUAGAAAUAAAAUUUUGAUAAUUGAGCUAAGUAACUUGAACUUGUCAAUCACCUGUGACCUUAUUCUAUUUACACUUCACUUGAACAUUCUAAAGUCCUAGGGCCGAUGGAUAAGCUUCGAGUAUAAACGACUGCCCUCACUUUGUUGUGGGUGUAUCACCCCUUCUGAGCAGAUUACUUAAUGUGUAUUAAAAUGAAGAGAUGGGGGGGCGCCUGGGUGGCUCAGUUGGUUAAGCCUCCGACUUCGGCUCAGGUCAUGAUCUCACAGUCCACGAGUUCGAGCCCCGCAUCGGGCUCUGUGCUGACAGCUCGGAGCCUGGAGCCUGCUUCAGAUUCUGUGUCUCCCUCUCUCUCUGCUCCUCCCCUGCU